CUUCGUAAGAUUCUAGCUUCAGCUACGGGUUAUAUGUUGGAUGAGAGCACUACUAUGGAUGGGUUGCAAAUCCAACUUCGAGAAAAACUUGCAGGAAAAAAAUUCUUGCUUGUUUUGGAUGAUGUGUGGACUGAAAAUUAUGAGCGAUGGCAUACACUGACACAAUAUUUGAUGGGAGGUCAGAGGGGGAGUUGGAUUGUGGUUACAACACGUUCACAGCAGACAGUACGAAUCAUCGGAGGUGGUCCAAGGCAUGAGCUACAAGGUUUGACAAAGGAAAAAUCAUGGUGUUUAUUUAAGAGGGUAGCAUUUGGAUCACAACAUGAAAACCUUCCUGAAGACUUGGUUGAAAUUGGUCAAGAUAUUGUUGGGAAAUGUGCUAACGUACCUCUUGCAAUUAGAGUGGUCGGAAGUCUUCUCUAUGGCCAAGAAAAAAAUAAGUGGCUUUUAAUUCAGAAGCUGGGAUUAGCGGAAGUUAAUAGAAGCGAAGAUAGCAUCAUACCUACACUGAAGCUGAGUUACUAUCAACUUGAAUCUCCAUUAAAAAGUUGUUUAAGUUAUUGUGCAGUAUUCCCUAUAGAUUAUGUAAUGAGGAAGGAUACAUUAAUAAGGCUUUGGAUAGCACAAGGCUACAUCCCACUAGACGAUCCUCAUAGCCCAGAAGAUCUUGCCGAGGAAUAUUUUUCAAUCUUGUUGCGGAGAUGUUUUUUCCAAGAUGUGGAGAAAGAUGAAGAUGGUAAUAUUAGAUCAUGUAAGAUACAUGAUUUGAUGCAUGAUCUUGCUCAACAAGUUGUGGGAAAAGAAAUUUGUAGAGUGAAAACCAUGAAUGGGGAUGUAGACAAAAAAGUUCGCCAUCUCUCUCUUGUAAGUAUUACAAAUUUCUGUUUUACUAAUAAGAGCCACAUACGUUCAUAUCUUCAUGUUAUUGAGCAGUAUCAAGAAAUGGUCAUGAUGGACCAAGUUUGUGUGGAUGCAUUAAUAGGUAAUUGGAAGUAUUUAAGGGCAUUGUACUUGAGUAGAUCAAUGAUCAAGAGUUUGCCAUACUCAGUAGGUGAACUGAUACAUUUGAGGUAUCUAGACCUCUCAUAUAAUUUAGGUCUACAAGUUAUCCCAGGAUCAAUUACAAAACUAUAUAAUCUUCAAACUUUAGACUUAAGUUGUUGUAGCGAGUUGAAAGAGUUGCCAAAAGAUUUGAGGAGGCUGGUAAAGCUGAGAGUCUUGGAUUUAGAUGGUUGUAAAAAUCUAAGCUAUAUGCCAAGGGGCAUGUGUAGGUUGAGUUGCCUUCACACUCUUAAUAGGUUUGUGGUGGGAGGAACGAGUUUAAGUAAGAAAGAGGUGUUUGAUGGGCUUGAAGAUCUAAGAGCUCUUAGAAACCUGAAAGGUUAUCUUAAAAUCAGGAUCCAUUUCACAAAGAAGGGUGCAGAUACUUAUAAGAUAAAUGGUGAAAGGGAGGGAGGGUGCCUGGGGAACAAGGAACAUCUUAAAGAAGUGCUAUUUGAAUUUGAUGAUGACGAGGAGGGUAAGGAAAGAGAGGACUAUGAUGAAGCAGUGAUGGAAGAGUUGCAGCCAUUUAAUUCUAAUCUUAAGAAGUUGUGGGUGUAUGGAUAUCAGGGUUUGAGGAUGCCACGCUGGGUAAGGGAAGAUAACUUGGCAACUUUUCUCCCCAAUCUUGUUGAAAUGAGAUUUGAUGAUUGUCAGAAAUUGCAGUAUCUGGGACAGUUACGGCUUCCUCGAUUGAAAAUAUUAGACGUGUAUGAUUGCCCAAAUCUAACAGCUAUUUUGGAGUGUCCUGCAUUGGAAGUGCUAGAAUUAUAUAAUAUCAACGAAAGAUUGGAGAUUAUACCAGUAUCAGGGGACUCAUCUUAUGGUAUUGGUCCCAAAUUAAGGGAGGUUAGUAUAGACAACGUGGCAUGGCUUAAUUCGCUCCCCAUGGACUCUUUUCAGGGUGGUGCAAAGCUGCGCAUACGGUGGGAUGAGAAGGUGGAGAGUUUGGGGGAGGCAAGGGAGGUGUUCCGUAGCUGCUCAUCUUCACUGAAAUACUUGGAAAUUGAAAGUUGCUCUGAAUUGAACAGUGUAAUAUCCGGAGGAUUAGAGCAUCUCUCUACUUUGGAGGACUUAGAAAUAAGUGGUUGCUGUAAUCUGAGUCAAUCAGAACAAGUAGAGAAGGAAUACUCCUUUUGUCAAUCUCUCUGCUCUUUGAAAUUGACUGAACUCUCUCAGCUGCUAGAACUGCCCAAUUGGAUAAGGUACUUGACUGCCCUCCAAACUCUUCAUAUUUGGAAUUGCGAAGAACUGGGAUGUAUGCCAAAUUGGAUGUCCGAACUCACCUCUCUUAAGGAACUUCGAAUCGCAUAUUGCUCAACACGGCUGAAAGAAAGAUGGCAACAAUCAACUGGAGAGGACUGGCCCAUCAUUCAACACAUCCCUCACAUUGUAUUCCAGGACUAUGAUGAUGAUAAUGAAAGUGAUCAGGUUGCAUUGUGAUCAGGUUAAUUGUUCAAAAUUUGUUUAACAAUUAGUGUAUUUGAAUUCUUAGGAUUGCGUGGCUCUAAUUUACCAUUUAAACAAGGCAUGCCCACUAGUUGACGAAAUGACUUAUUUUGCUACAAAUCUCACUUUUCAUACAAGAUGUUUUCUUAAUCCUGCGUUGAAAUAAAUGAAUUCUUCUGAUGGCCCUGAUGGGUUGAUUUUACUGCAGUCCGUAAUUUGAUUGUCCUUGAAUAUUACAACACUAUUUGGCAUUUCUAAGAUCAUUCUCAUGAGUUAUUUAACAUCCCUUUUUAUCUGAUCAUUGCAGUUGUAUGAUAUUCAUUUAUGCUGAACAGCGGCCAAAAAUAAUGGAUUGUCUUUAUCAGUUUUUCAGAGAGUAUGUUUGAAAUAUCAGUGAGUUGGCUGUUACUGCGUCAAUAAUGCUGCAAGCAUGAAGCUAAUCCGCAGCAAAUUUUUGCAUAAGCUUUGGUAGUAUUUUGUCUGUAGUGCAAUAAUUUGUCAAUCUAUUAUUGUCAUUUGAUGCUAAAUAUAUGUACAUGCUUGAAAAUACAGAAGCAUGAAAGCUGUUUAGACAGGAUUGCUCUGAAAGUUUUUUUUAUUUUUUUAUUUUUUUAUUUUUAUAUUAUUUUUUAUUUUAUUUUUAACAACAGUUUUCUCUGGAAGUUGAUAUGAUUUACAUGGUAAGUGAUGUUUAUGUAUCCAUAUAUGUUUCCCUCAAAAAAAAUGUAUCCAUAUAUGUUGAGAAGGGAAACAAUUGACAUGGAUUGGUAUGGGACUUUUAGAUGUCUGUUUUCACCAAAUGAUGUAAUGGGAAUCAAUGAAAUUGUAAAGGAUUUACAAAAAAUGAUGAAUCUAUAGUUUAUAUAUGCAAUGUACAAAAUACAUUUUAUUAUUUAAAUUAUUAUAAAUAUAAUUUUUUUAUUUGCCUAUUGAAUAUCAAAAGUUUAUAAAGUAUAGGAUUGUGUAGGCAUGAGUCAUAUGACCAGAUGAAUAAAAAAACAUUUAGAGCAUGGAGCACCUUAAAAAUCUCAAAUACAUGUACUCCAUAAUAUUUUUGAUGCGUGUUUGAUGGGAUUGUUACAAUUUUGGCAAAAAAAAUAAAUAAAUU